UGAGUCACGUGACUUGAGGACGUUACGAUACUAUCCUCUGGUAGGAACCAAAGGGUUGUUGUGUUAUGGGAGCCUUUUAGGCUAAUAGUAGUGAAAACAAAAAUGAAGUACAAAAAGAGGUUGAGACUUUGAUAUUGGGGAUUAAACCCGACCGGAGGGAUGUGCGAGAGCUACGCCCGGUCCUUAUUGCGGAUAUCUGUGGCGCAGAUCUGUCAGGCUCUUGGCUGGGACUCUGUGCAUCUUACCGCCUGCGAUCUCCUUACUGAUGUUCUGCAACGAUAUAUUGAGCAGCAGGCCAGGUUUUGCCAUAGAUAUUCAGAACUCUAUGGGCGGACUGAUACAGUGUUGGAUGAUGUUGACCAGGCAUUUUCAUUAAUGGGUGUUAACCUCCAUGAACUGGAAGACUAUAUCCACAAUAUUGAACCUGUCACAUUUGCUCACCAGAUCCCAGUGUUUCCUGUCAGCAAAAAUAAUGUCCUGCAGUUUCCACAGCUGGGAACAAAGGAUGUUGUGGAGAGGAAGGAGUACAUUCCAGAGUACAUGCCACCCCUUGUGUCCUUCCAGGAAGAGGAAGAAGAGGAGCAGGUCCCAACUCAUGGAGGCACAUCAGCAGAAGCCAUGCAGGUUCCAUUGGAAGAGGAAGCAGAAAUGGAAGAAGAAGAAGAUGUUAAUGAUGAAAAUCUCCUGGGCAAAAGACCAUUGCCAAGUCCUGAAUCAGUGGAAAUUCCACCUAUGAAGCGCCCACGCUUACCAAGCAAUAAAGGAGAGAAUUUGGAUGGCACCGUGGAACCGCGAGAACCUCUCAGUUCAAUUAAUCCUCAAAAGCUUCCACCCAUGCUUUCUCCAGUUCAUGUGCAAGAUAACAGGGAUUCACUUCCUCCACCACCAGAGCCACCAAUGCUAGCACCAAUGUCAAAAGCACAGGUAUCAACCCCUAAAGCUUCAGAUCCCAAGGUCUUAACAACUAAAACAAAACCUAAGGUUUCUUCUCCUUUACAAAAGGUGAAGUCACCUAAAGGAUGUCAGUUGUCUAUUCUUCCUGGAAGUCCUAUUAGAUCCCCAAAGCCUUCACCUAAAGAAAAGAAAUCUCCUGGCAGGACUAAAAGCCCUAAAAGUCCAAGAAGUCCAAAGGUUCAGCCUCUUCCUCAGACUCUUCCUCCGCCUCAGCUUCAGCCUUCACUUCAGUCUGUGCCUCAACCUCAGCCACAGCCACAGCCACAAGCGUCUCAGUUUGUAGCCAAAGCAGAGACUCCUGUAAGAACUCCUUUGUCUGUUCUCAGUGAAAAGAUGGAAAAAGAGAUUUUGCAAGCGAAGCAGGGGCAAGGAGUGUCAGACUCUGAAAAACUGAUUAUUGACAACCAUUUGAAAAAACCACCACAAACUGACAAAACUAUUGAUGAUUCUAUUAAUGCCGUGAUAGCCCGUGCGUGUGCUGAACAAGAACCAGACCCAUUUGAGUUCUCUUCAGGAACUGAAUCUGAAGAUGAGAGCAUUAUGAGUCCUAGGAGACGAACUAUUUCAGAGAGCUCUGCUUCCAAAAUUGCUCUUAAUUCAAGCUGCCAUUCCAAGUCUGUAGGUACCCCAUUUGUUCUUUCUGGUGGGACAUCUAGCUCAGAUAUUUCAUGGACAAUGGAUGACUCAAUAAAUGAAGUUAUCAGAAAAGUGAACAUGAAUGCACCUUCCAACAUGCCUAUUAAUCCUCCCUACUUUUCCUCUCCUUCUGCAUCACCACCAACACCGGAGCCUCUGCUUAAGAUCUAUGAGGAGAAGACAAAAUUAGCUUCUUCAGAAGAUGUGAAAAAGAAACUAAAGAAAGAGCUGAAGACAAAGAUUAAGAAAAAAGAGAAGGAAAAACAAAAAGACAGGGAUAAAGAACAAAGGAAGGAGAAAAACAGAGAUAAAGACAAGAACAAAGAUAAAGAUUCAAGCAAGGAACUUAAAUUGCCGUGGAAAGAUUCAUUGAAAGAAGAAGAACAUGAUCCAUUCAAGUUUAAAUAUAAAGAUUUUGAUGGAGUUGAUGUAAAGACAAAAACCAAAGAUGGAAGCAGUAAAAAGGACAAAGAAAAACACAAAGACAAAAAGAAAGAUAAAGAAAAGGGUAAGAAAGAUAAAGAAAAGAAGGACAAGGAGAAAAUCAGACUGAAAGAAGAGAAAUUGAAACCUCCAGCAACACCCUUAAUGAUCCCCCCACAGGAAAUGUCAUUUCCUUCAUUUAGCACACCUUCUAGUGUAAGACUUCCAACUUUAUUGCCAGCUUUAUCACCUAUGCUUCCAGAAAAAUUGUUUGAAGAAAAAGAGAAACCCAAAGAUAAAGAAAAGAAAAAAGACAAGAAAGAAAAGAAGAAGAAAAAGGAAAAAGAUAAAGAUAAGAACAAGGAUAAAGAAAAAACAAAAGACAAGGAGAAGGAAAAAAGAGAAAAAGACAAAGAAAAGAAGGAAAAAGAAAAAGACAAAGAAAAACACAAACAUGAAAAAGUAAAGGUAGAGCCAAAGGUAGAUUUGCCCCCUCCUUCUCCUGCUUCUUCGGUUAUCCCCAGGUUGACACUGAGGGUUGGUGCUGGACAGGACAAAAUUGUCAUCAGUAAAGUUGUGCAAACACCCGAUGGUAAACCACCACCAACACCAGCACCAGUACCACUACCACCAACACCUGUGAAUCGACCGAAAAGUCCUCUGCCUCCUCCUUCACCAGCACCAGUCCUUAUGCUCACUGCUCCCCGUACUCCUGCUCCAGCACCACCGCCCACAGCACCUCCACCAUCACCACUGCCACCUCCUCCAGCUGUAAUUCUGCCUCCUCUACCAGUGGUGGCAUCUCCUGCGCCAGUUCCACCACCAUCUCCUGCACCUUCAGCAGCAGCUGCACCUAAGGCAUCUGUCUGCAGUGUUGUCACAGAAACUGUCAAGUCCUAUGUGAUUGAGGAUGAUCUGGGAAAUCGGAUUUGGAUCUGUCCUGGCUGUGAGAAGCCCGAUGAUGGUAGUCCAAUGAUUGGUUGUGAUGAUUGCGAUGACUGGUAUCACUGGCCAUGUGUUGGGAUCUCUUCUGAGCCGCCUAAGGAAGCACAGUGGUUUUGUCCGAAAUGUGCCAAUAAAAAGAAAGACAAGAAACACAAGAAGAGGAAACACAAAGCUCAUUGAAGUCCUUUGGUUCAGUGAUUGUACAAGUGUGGUUCGCUCUGUGGUCCUAAGAGUUGGUGUAAGAUAUACAUUACUGAAGGCCAGAAUGAUGGAUCUCUUGACAGAACAAGAGAAAGCCUGUUGACCUUAUGUUAUAAUAUUUACCACCAAGUUGACUGUUAACAGACAGGUUUAGGAACAAGAGUGUACCUUGAGUAUUGCCCUGACUGCAUGUUUUUGAUGCACUGCAUUUUAUAAAGUGUUUAUGUUAUUAAAAAAGAAAAGUAAGUAAUUUAAUAACUGAAAAGGAAACAUCUUCAGUAGAAUGUUGUACAGGGGAAAAAAACUGCUAUUGUCAGCACUAUAGCUGUUGUAACCAACGCAAUGCCAGUUGCACUUUCGCAACUGUCCUCAUAGAAUGAGGCAGCUGGUGCUCUGGAGUUUGUUGUAACUUCAGUGUCAGAUCAUCUAAAAUGAAAAUUGCGCAGUGAUGUGCAAAGAAAGAAAGAGAGAGAAAGAAAGCCUUUUUGGACUUUUUUAAAUUAAUAGUUUCGGGGUUCCCGCUUUUUCCAUGCUGUUAAUACUGUAACAUAAAAAUUAAAUUCAGUAAGACUUAAAUAUUUUGCUGACAGUAAAUUCUGAAAAUUUUUCAUAUAUUACUUGGCUAUUCGGUAUAGCUACAAUAAAAACAGAAGUUUUGUAUAUAAUCUGUAAAUUGUUAAAUGAAGGUUUGUAUCAUAUUUAAGAAGUAGGCGUGCUUGUAAUACAUUUUCAUUUUUCUGCCUCUGAUAAUAUUCUUUGUAUCUGAAUGCUUGUAAGUUUUACUUAUUUUUAUAUAAAAUGAAACAGUUCAUCUGUUUUCACUGUGAAACUUUCACUGUAGUUUUUUGUUUGUUUUAUUUGUAUGACAGAAAAAUGUAUGUUAUAUGUACUAUAUUCAAGCUUACAGUGCUGGAAGAUCAUGUCUUGGAGUUAUCCGUCAUUUUCUCUGACAGUAUGUUGCCUUUUGACUUUUUAUCCUCCUUUCAUUUUUUUUUUUUACAGUUUAGGUUAUAGUUUUGAAACGUUAUACUCCAUUUCAGCUUGUAAUGUUUUACUAACAUCUAUUUUUGCUGGUUUCUCACACAUCUAAUGAGUGUGUGACAUUUUUGUUGUAUUCAUCACCUCAUCAUCAGACUUCUUGUAUAGUACUGGUACAUUUUUCCACACUCUGCUCUAACCAGAUGCUAUUUUAGUAGUUCCUGUAAAUGUUGGAACUUUGUGAUUUAUUGAUUUUUUGGUUGAACAGUUGAAGUUACCACAGCUUUCUUAUGCGGCACACUUUUGCAAGUGUCCUUGUUUGAAAUUGCACAGGAUACUUUCCUUUUCCAUGCACAAAUGAUAUGUUUCUACUUAUUUAGUUGCUACAAAUUUUACUUUCAAAGUGUCCCACAACAUUCUGAAUUAAUGAUUUAUUAAAUCAGCCUUAAUAUAUCUGUACUUUCUGUAUCCGUCAUGAACAACAUACUGUGUCCAGUAUUAGAGAUCAAAAGUCAGAAAAUUUUAGCUUGUUUUACUUUGAGAUUCUCAUAAUUGUCCCUUUAAAGUGGUAUAAGAAUUGAAGGCAAAACAUCUACCUUGAGAAUAAGCUGGAUGGAUUGGAGCAGCUAAUGGCCAUAUCUUCCUUUCCAUUGGGGGGGACUCAGGUUUAAUUUUUAUUCUGUUAUGGAAGGGGGGGCUAUGUGCUUAACAGAUGGUCUCCAAGCAGCUAUUGUACAGGAUUACUUAAGGUUAGUGCAUGUGUGCCAGUAAGAGCAUGAAUUCUGAUGGAAGUGGGCAUGGCAGAUAGCAUAGUAUGACUGGGCCCAAAGAAAGCACUGAGAAAUAAAUGGAGGCAACUUAUACUAGACUGGUGACUUGGGGGAUAAAAAUGCUGAUUGAAAAAUAAAUAUAGAUAAGUACAGUAUAAACUUACUUGCUAAGUCUCAAGUAUAAUUUGGAGGUUUGCCUUAUAAAUCAAAAGCAUUAAUGUCAGAGGCAUAAUCUGUACACUAAACAAGGUAUUAGUGAAAGAAAAGUAGCUGCUGAUACAACCUUGUACUUAAUGACAAGUCAGUGGCAAAUCUAGAAACAUACGGGAGAGAGAGAGCAGACUGAGCUUGAUAAAUGACUUGUGUGUCUGUCUGGGGAGGAUUCAUGUUGAUUUACUGAAUGGCUUUUAGUCAAAUGCUGUUUGUUCGAAAAAAAAGGGCUGUCUGAAAACCACUUUUAGUGGUCAAAAAAGAAUGCUUUUUUUUUUGCAGGUGGAAAGCUCCCCUGCACACCCCAAGUGGCAAGUGGUUUCUCAGGUUGCACAACACAGG